UUGAACCAGCUGGAAAAUAUUAAAUGUUUUUGUUCUUGAGAGGCAGCAGAAGCUUUGGACAGAUAAGAAGGAUGUCUAUUAAAGGAGCCCUAAUAGAUCUUAGUGGUACAUUACACGUGGAAGAUGAACCUACUCCUAAUGCCGUUGAGGCUUUAAAAAGACUGCGUAAUUCUGGAGUAGCAGUCAAAUUCGUUACAAAUACCACAAAGGACUCGAAAGCAACUCUUCACGAACGCCUGUGCAGAAUUGGCUUCGAGAUGGACCCCUCUGAGAUCUACAGCUCUUUAAGUGCCGCAGUCGCAUAUGUGGAUAAUGAAAAACUGAAUCCGUACUAUAUCUUGCCUGACGACGCUCGCCAAGACUUUCCCCCGGAGGAUAAAAGGCGCUACCAGGAUUCAGUUGUAAUUGGCCUGGCACCCAAGGCCUUUAACUAUGUCCAGCUGAACGAGGCUUUUAAUGUUCUGUUGGAGAAUAAGAAUCACAAACUGGUGGCAGUGCACCAGGGCAAAUACUACAAGCGAGCCGAUGGCCUAGCUUUGGGCCCAGGGUGUUUCGUCAAGGGUCUGGAGUUCGCCACUGGACGAACCGCCAAAGUGAUCGGCAAGCCCAAUCCCUACUUUUUCGAAGGAGCUUUGGCUGGUCGGGAUCCAGCCUCCUGCGUUAUGAUAGGAGAUGAUGCCAAUGAUGACAUUGUUGGCGCCAUGAGCGUGGGCAUGCAGGGAAUUCUGGUCAAGACUGGAAAAUAUUUACCUGAUGUCAAUCCAUCUCCUCCACCAACAGCGUUGGUAGAAAACUUCGCCGAGGCAGUCGAUUGGAUAAUACAAAAAAACAAAUCUUAGGCUCUUAGGGUCCUUUAAAAUUGUGUCAUAUUCAAAGAAAGCUAUUGACAAAAUCUUUAUUUAAUGUAUUUAUUCAAUAAGGCUUUAAUAUGAUUAUAUGCAAUUCUAUAAAUGUA